AUGACACCGACAUUGCUUGAUGUAUGCGUCAUCACUGGUCUGCCUGUUAUUGCAGAUGUGGCUGUGGAUAGCCAUGUGACUGAUGAUGAUGCAGCUGUAGCUGCAGCGGGGCAACUCAGAAGCUAUGGACCUUUCAUCAACGAAAACAAAGGGCACACAAGCCGGUUACAUCAUAUCCGAUUUCCUGCUAUGUGGUUGAAUAGGUAUGUGUUUCCUAGGAAAUCCUUUCAAAUGACUAUGGAUUGGUAUCAUGUUGUUGGUAAGUUAGCAUCUGGAGUACAAAUGAACUUGGCAGAAGCGAUACUUGCUAUGUUGUAUCAUUGUUUGCAUGAAGCCAGGCAUAAUCCUGUUGAUACCCUCUCUGGCCCUUUGUGGUUAUUGCAUUUUUGGUUAUAUAUGUACUUUCUUAGCUUAAAACCAAAAGGUAUCCAUCCUGUGGAGAGUGGCGAACCUUUGUGCCUUGUUGUGCAUCAAUAUAGUGCACCAAACUAUGAUGCCACACAAGUCUUCAAGACUGUCUUUGAAUCGACCCCUAACAUUGAGGCGAGUGUACAACAACUUAGCCAUGACUGGUGGCAUAAAAGCUUUGGGGAAGUUUGCCAUGCUGAAGCAGAGAAUGGAAAGUGGAGCAGCCAUGGUAAAUUCGGCCUGGCAUCUGUAUGGAGUCAUCUGCUGUCAGUAAGGGACCUGUUUUAUGGCUGUAAGAGUGCACAAUCCCGGAAUGUUGUAGCGGAUAUGCACGUUGAAAACUAUCCAGCAAACAUGGUAGCCCGGCAAUUUGGUUUUGCCCAGAGCGUGCCGCACUUUGAUGUAUCUUGCUGGAAUACAGGGAGGCUUGGUAGGGAAAAACUCACAAUGUCUCAAUACACCACGCAUCGGGUGUUGAUGGAUCUGAGAGGUAGGUCAGCAGCAACAAUUCCAUUCAAUUUCUGUUUCGAUGUAACACCUGGAUUUGCAGACUGGUGGUAUGAGCUGUCAAUUGGUAUGUAUAGCUCUGGAUUCGAGGCAAUCAAAACCUCCUUUGGUAUUGGCAAGUUUGCAAAGAACAAGUCAGUUGGUGGUGUUGCAGAAACAAAGAAGAAAGGAGACACUGCAGCAAAGUCUGGCGGUCAAUCAAGCACGAAGAGAACUGACAACCGCCGUUGUCAGGGCAAAAAAGGUACAGGGAAGGAUGCUCCAACCUCCACCCGUCGAUCCAAGAGGUUGAUUGGGAAGAAGCGGUCUGCUACUGAAAUCAGCAAUAAGGAGAAUCCCGUAUCUGUGUCUAAGAGUGAAGAGGAAGAAACAGAAUGCCCUGGCAGCAAGAAAGGUUCCAUCGCAGUAGCUGAAGAUCGGGUUGUGCAGAAAACAGUUCUUGAUAUUGGCGGUGCCAGGAGCAAAAAGGUAAUGAAAACGUCUAGUUCGAGCGCUCCAACCGCUUCUGGGAAAAAAGCUCCUCCAUCCUUAGAGUCACUCAAAGCUAGACUGGAACGAACAAAAGCGGCAGCUUAUGUGAGAAUAGAAGAAACGUCUAGGGUCCCUGAAAUGCCUCUGGUAGCUGCGUUGCAACAAAUCACAGAGAUGUUUCCACUAUCUGCUGAAGAAGUAUACAACGAAAGAUACGAUCAGUUGAGCCAAUUGCUAGCCGUUAUGCAGAAUUCCAUCAUCGAAGGGAAUAUGGCUGCAGCAAUACGUUUAGUGUCUUUGAUAAUGGCUAAAUUGUUACAUAAAAGCAUCACAAUAAACUUUGUAUUUGAUGAACAAUUGGGGGUAUUUCCUAACAUUGGUGCAAUUUACUUAGCUCGUUUUCAUGUUAUUGUUAGAGGCAUGCUUGUCCCCCAGCCGCAAUCUCAGCCACCACUGCUGAUCAAUGAGAGCAAAACGGCUACUGCUAGAAGAGAGAAAAGGAACGGCCAAGUUGGAUUGCAGGCUCAAGACAUUGGGAGGAUUAAACAACUCCAAGCAUGGGGAGGCUCUCAUGAUGAAGACACCGGUUGCAAGGCCCUAUAA